AGUGGCUGCUUAGCAAAAGCCUGAGGAGCUAUGCCGCGGGAAAUCAUCACCCUACAGUUGGGCCAGUGCGGCAAUCAGAUUGGGUUCGAGUUCUGGAAACAGCUGUGCGCCGAGCAUGGUAUCAGCCCCGAGGGCAUCGUGGAGGAGUUCGCCACCGAAGGCACUGACCGCAAAGACGUCUUUUUCUAUCAGGCAGAUGAUGAGCACUACAUCCCGAGGGCAGUACUGCUGGACCUGGAGCCCCGGGUGAUCCACUCCAUCCUCAACUCCCCCUAUGCCAAGCUCUACAACCCGGAGAACAUCUACCUGUCGGAGCAUGGCGGAGGAGCUGGCAACAACUGGGCCAGCGGAUUCUCCCAGGGAGAAAAGAUCCAUGAGGACAUUUUUGACAUCAUAGACCGGGAAGCAGAUGGCAGUGACAGUCUAGAGGGCUUUGUGCUGUGCCACUCCAUUGCUGGGGGGACAGGUUCUGGCCUGGGCUCCUACCUCUUAGAGCGGCUUAAUGACAGGUACCCCAAGAAGCUGGUGCAGACGUACUCGGUGUUUCCCAACCAGGACGAGAUGAGUGACGUGGUGGUGCAGCCCUAUAACUCGCUGCUCACGCUCAAGAGGCUGACUCAGAACGCAGACUGUGUGGUGGUGCUGGACAACACGGCCCUGAACCGGAUUGCCACAGACCGCCUGCACAUCCAGAACCCGUCCUUCUCCCAGAUCAACCAGCUGGUGUCCACCAUCAUGUCAGCCAGCACCACCACCCUGCGCUAUCCUGGCUACAUGAACAAUGACCUCAUCGGCCUCAUCGCCUCGCUCAUCCCCACACCGAGGCUCCACUUCCUCAUGACUGGCUACACUCCCCUCACCACAGACCAGUCGGUAGCCAGUGUGAGGAAGACCACGGUUCUGGAUGUCAUGAGGCGGCUGCUACAGCCCAAGAACGUGAUGGUCUCCACAGGCCGAGAUCGCCAGACCAACCACUGCUACAUCGCCAUCCUCAAUAUCAUCCAGGGAGAGGUGGACCCCACCCAGGUCCACAAGAGCCUGCAGAGGAUUCGGGAGCGCAAGUUAGCGAACUUCAUCCCCUGGGGCCCAGCCAGCAUCCAGGUGGCCCUGUCAAGGAAGUCUCCCUACCUGCCUUCAGCCCACCGGGUCAGCGGACUCAUGAUGGCCAACCACACCAGUAUCUCCUCACUCUUUGAGCGGACCUGUCGCCAGUACGACAAGUUGCGGAAACGGGAGGCCUUCCUGGAGCAGUUCCGCAAGGAGGACAUCUUCAAGGAGAACUUUGACGAACUGGACACGUCCAGGGAGGUUGUACAGGAGCUCAUCGAUGAGUACCAUGCAGCCACGCGGCCAGACUACAUCUCCUGGGGCACCCAGGAGCAGUGA